GUAGACUGGGUUCUACUUAUAUCCAAAAUGGCGGUCGUAGGGUCACUGACGAAAGGAACAGGUGAAGUUGUAGAAUUUAGACAUGUGCUUCUUUCAUCUGAGCACUCUCAAGGAAGAAAAGAUGAUUUUGAAAGUCUGCUCCACUCCUUAAAGAAACUUCAACGGGAUGUUAACUCUUGUUUAACGGAAAUUAUUGAACAGGAAAAGACAUCAGAAACACACUCGGCCUUGGAAAAGCAAAUAACUGAAGACGAUGACCUGGAUGACAGCGAAGAUGACUUGGAAGAUCUAAAUACUACGGAGAAGCAAAACGGAGCGCUACAAGAACCGCAAUUGAAGAAGUUAAGGACAUAGCUUGCUGUUUAGUUGGUCUCGAACUAGGAAGGAUGCAACAUGAACAGAAAAGGCAGCCAAUAAAAUCGAGUGUGCUUUGUUCACAGCAAUCUAGUUGGAUGAAGGUAUAUGAAGAUAAAGGUUUUUGACGGAACAUGUCAAGAAUUGAAUGUCAGUUGUGGAAGUCAUUUGGGAUUAAAAUCAUUGAACGACUAAAAAAUAUUGACUGGAAAAGUAUCGAAAGGUGGUGAUUAUUACAAACUAGGAUACUUUUCCAACAUUCACAGGGGUCGAAUUUUAUUCUUGGAUCACUAACCCUUCGGGUUAGGAGACAUCUUUUUUACUAACCAAAUUAUAAA